AUGUCUGGUGUCUGGGGCUGGUUUGGCGGCGGUGGUGGCGCCAAGAAGAAGAAUGACGCCAAAGAUGCGAUCCUCGGCCUGCGAGUCCAGCUCGAUAUGCUGCAAAAGAGAGAGAAGCACUUGCAAACACUGAUGGACGAGCAAGAUGCCAUCGCAAGAAAGAACGUCAAUACCAACAAAAACGCCGCAAAGGCUGCCUUGCGCCGCAAGAAGGGCCACGAACACAGCUUGGAGCAGACCAUCUCACAAAUUACGACACUCGAAUCCCAAAUCAACGCUAUCGAGUCUGCAAACAUCAACCGCGAGACACUGUUGGCGAUGGAGAAGGCUGGCCAGGCCAUGAAGGGUAUCCACGGCAAGCUCACCGUCGACAAGGUGGACCAGACCAUGGAGGAUCUCCGAGAACAGAACGCGCUCAGCGAAGAGAUUGUCAACGCCAUCACAACGGGCCAGACGGACAACAUCAUCGACGAGGACUUGGAGGACGAGUUGGAGCAGAUGCAGCAGGAGGAGUUGGACGAGAAAAUGAUCAGCACCGGAUCGGUGCCUGUAUCAGAUGCCGUCCACCGCAUGCCUGCCGCGGCAAACGGAGAACUCAAAGGCAAGGCGGUCGCCGAGGAGGACGACGAGGAAGCAGAACUCCGCAAGCUCCAGGCGGAGAUGGCCAUGUAA